CGCCUCUGUUCCUCGCUGCCCAUGGAAUCAGAAUAUCACCAUCACCAGCAAGAUCUCAUCAGACACUCCUGGCAGCAAUACCAUUUCUACAACAUCCUACACACUUAUAUCUCUUGAGCUUCGACUUUGAUCAGUCCACCGCCCAUCAAAAUGCAGUUCCGCGUCGCCACCAUCGCCCUUCUCGUCUCGGCCGUCGCCGGCGCCGCCCUGCCCGCCGAGGCCGAGGCCGGCAACGAGGCGCGUGGGCUCAUCGAGGCCCGCGCCAACGGCGACAUCACCUGGUACAACGUCGGCCUGGGCGCCUGCGGCAAGCAAAACGUGGACACCGACCUCAUCGUGGCCCUCAACAAGGCCGACUUCGACCCCCACACCCCCAACGGGAACCCCAACAACAACAAGCUCUGCGGCAAGAAGAUGCGCGUCUCGUACAACGGCAAGUCGGUCGACGUGACCCUCCGCGACCGCUGCGCCGGCUGCAAGAAGGGCGACGUCGACCUGAGCCCCGCCGCCUUCAAGAAGCUGGCCCCCCUCGGUAACGGCCGCGUCAAGGGCUCCUGGAAGUGGCUGUAAAGUGACUGCCGGAACGAGCCUCGUGCCCUUUGAGCAACAGCUCUCACAUUGUUCUCUUCUCAGGCUGGGAUAUGUUGAAGUGCCGGUGGUUUGAAUGACCUUGGAUGACGAAAAAGGAGGGUAGAAAGAGUUGGCUCGCGGAUAUCACUUUCUCUAAUUUCUUUGUGUAAACAUUUUCGCUUCUCCCAGUACAUAUUACCCACUCCCUCGAGACAGAUAUCUAGUCACAAUUCCCGGCUGCGUCAGCUCAUGGGUUUCCAUUGCA